AUGACAGCAGCAGAAAUUGCUCCUAGGGAUGCUCCUCAUCAAUUCGAGGCUAUUGACAAUACGAGGACCGGAUGGGAAGCAAUCCCCUGUCAUCCGCUUGGAGUCAAACCCAGCGGCAACGCCUUGGUUGCAACCUCCAAUCUUCGUGACUCUAUAGGGACGUUCAAUAUAAUUCCGGACGAACUCAUUUUGACGUGCCUGGAAUAUUUGGAUUCUGCGAGUUUGUUGAGACUCGGUUGUACGUGUAAAGCACUGUAUGCAUUCACACGAUCUGAAGAUUUAUGGAAGGCUUUCCUAGUCGAGGAGCCUCGUCAGGAUUUAGUAUGGCAAGGGACGUGGCGUGCUACAUAUCUAAGAUUAUCACCAUCCCAGAUUCCAACAAUAGACUGUUCCAACCUCUUCUCUGAUGCUCUUCACCGUCCUUUCUACUGUGCUCACAUAUCGCUGGACCCGUACGUGACGGGCAUACCUUCUCAGAACCAGAUACCUCGACUUGAAAAUCUAUCUGCGGCAGAUUUUCGAGAGAAAUGGACAGACCGGCCGUUUAUCUUGACCGAACCAGUCAAAGAAUGGCCGGUGUUUCAAAAAUGGUCCACAGACGAGCUGCUAGCCAAGUAUAGCAGCACAAUCUUUCGCGCAGAAGCUGUAGACUGGCUUUUAAAGACAUACGUCGACUACAUGAGAAACAACUCUGACGAAAGUCCACUGUAUCUCUUCGACCGCAGCUUUGUCUCCAAAAUGGAGCUGGAGGUCGGUCACCCCUCAGUCGUUCCAAAUGCUGCAUACUGGCCACCACCAUGUUUCGGGGAAGAUUUAUUCGCUGUUCUCGAAUCGGACCGUCCUGAUAGUCGAUGGCUUAUCAUAGGACCCGAACGAUCAGGAAGUACUUUCCACAAAGACCCCAAUGCGACAAGCGCAUGGAAUGCAGUGCUUCGAGGUUCGAAGUAUUGGAUUAUGUUUCCUUCUUCAUCGAAACUACCGCCUCCUCCUGGUGUCUAUGUUUCGGAAGACCAGAGUGAGGUGACGUCACCUUUAAGUAUUGCUGAAUGGCUACUAGGCUUCCAUGCAGAGGCAAGACGCACACCUGGAUGCCUUGAAGGGAUCUGCGCAGAGGGUGAAGUCUUACACGUGCCUUCAGGUUGGUGGCAUCUGGUGGUCAACCUUGAGCCGUCAAUUGCUAUUACACAGAAUUUUGUGCCUAGAGGACAUCUAUCUGCGGCCUUGGACUUUCUACAAAACAAAGCGGAUCAAGUAUCUGGUUUCCGUAAGAACGUUGAUGAUCCUUAUUCUAGAUUUGUCGAGAAAAUGAAACUCUCGUAUCCAGAUCUGCUUGACGAAGCACUGGAAGAAUUGGCAAAGCAAAAGGAAGGCAGAAAGAGAAAAUGGGAUGAAAUUGUUCAUGCUAAUUCUCGGGUCGAUGACCCGAGCGGCAAAGCUGAAGAGUUCAGCUUUGGAUUUGGUGGAGAUGACAGUGAUAUUGAAGUCCCUUAG